AUGGCUCCCAUCACCAUGGCGGAGGUGGCCAAGCACACCACCAAGACCGAUUGCUGGGUAGUCGUGGCUGGUGAGGUGCUCGACGUGACCUCGUUCCUUAGCCAGCACCCUGGAGGCGAGCUGGCCAUCCUCACGUUCGCCAGUAAGGAUGCCACCGAGGAAUUCAACAUGAUCCACCCUCCAGACGUGAUCCCGAAGUACGCCCCGGACGCCGCCAUUGGCAAACUUGGGGCAGGCGGCGGAGAUGACAAGCCAAAGAAGGAGAAGAAGGAGAAGAAGAUCAAGUCUGGCGGCGGUGGCGGCGGUGGCGGCGGCCUCACCAUGGCGGAGGUGGCCAAGCACACCACCAAGACCGAUUGCUGGGUGGUCGUGGCUGGUGAGGUGCUCGACGUGACCUCGUUCCUUAGCCAGCACCCUGGAGGCGAGCUGGCCAUCCUCACGUUCGCCGGUAAGGAUGCCACCGAGGAGUUCAACAUGAUCCACCCUCCGGACGUGAUCCCGAAGUACGCCCCUGACGCCGCCAUUGGCAAGCUUGGGGCAGGCGGCGGUGCCGACGAGAAGGAUGAUUCGGACGAUGACGACGACUCGGAUGAGGAUGAGGAGGAGGCUGUCGGUGGUGGCGGCGGGUACAGCCCGGAGGAGGUGGCGAAACACGUCACCAAGGAUGAUUGCUGGGUCAUCCUCGGCGGAAAGGUGCUCGACGUGACCUCCUUCCUGUCGCAGCACCCGGGGGGCGAGCUGGCGAUCCUCACGUUCGCAGGCAAGGACGCCACGGCGGAGUUUGACAUGAUCCACCCGCCCGACGUGGUCGGCAAAUACGCGCCAGACGCCGUCAUCGGCGACGUCGGCAGCGGCGGCGGCGCGAAGAAGAAGAAGGAGAAGGCGCCCAAGAAGGGCGGCAAGCCGGUCAUCCUGGACAAGGGCGGCAAGAUCGCCAACCACCAGGCUUGA